UUUCUUUCCCGCACGCUCGUCUCGGUGUGCACGCGCACGGAGCGGCUGCCACUUUCUUGACUUUCUCGUCUUCUUCUUCUCCGACAUUUUUCGUUCUCUUCAGCACAACUCCGUCCGGUCCGCGUCGGCCUCGUCGCGAUGCGGCCCCUCUCGCCCGUCACCCUGGUGCUGUCAGUCGCGGUGCUUUGGACGGCGGCCGAACUUCCGGACCAGCAGCAAGUGAUUGACGUUUUGAGUCUUCAAGACUCCAAGAAGAUCGUUGCUGCAGUGGAGAACUUGUCUAGUGGUCUGAGCGCGCUCAGUGACAUCUACGUAGCGUCCAUGUUACGUCUGCCGUCCAAGAUGGGAGGAGUUCUCUUGGGCGUGUACAGCAAACAGGACAACAAGAAGUACCUGGAGAUCGCCGUCAUGGGAAAGAUCAACAAAGUGUUGCUUCGUUACACGCGACCAGACGGGAAGACCCACACGAUCAACUUGAAGAGCGUCAACCUGGUCGAUGGGCGGAGCCACUCUAUCAUUCUGCGGCUGAGCGGCCUCCAGCGGGACAGCAUGACGGCAGAGCUCUACGUGGACUGCCGAUUGGCUGACUCGGUUGAGGACGCGCCGCACCUGUUGCCCCUGCCGCGAGAGGCGGAGAUGGUAGAGAUUCGAAACGGACAGAAGGCGUAUGCUCGCAUGCAGGGCUCUGUGGUGUCCUUACAAGUGGCUCUAGGGGGCAGUGUCGCAAAAGCCGGCGUCCUGAUUGAUUGUCCUUUUCAAGGUGACUCCUCCCACAACUUAGUGGGUCAAGACAUCCAGGCCAUCCUGGCUGAUCAUGCUAAAGCUCUCAUUGGUCAGCUGGUCAUCUUCAAUCAGAUCCUUGGAGAACUUCGACAGGACGUCAAGGAGCAGGUGAAAGAGAUGUCGCUGAUGAGGAACACCGUCUUGGAAUGUCAAGUUUGUGGCUUCCACGAGCCACGCUCACGCUGCUCGCCCAACCCGUGUCACGAAGGCGUGGCCUGCACCGACAGCCCACACUUCCCCGGGUACACCUGCGGACGCUGCCCGCCCGGGACCACCGGCAACGGCACACACUGUCACGACGUGGAUGAGUGUGCGGCGUAUCCGUGUUUCUCUCCCGACGCCUGUGUCAACACAAUGGGCGGCUUCAGCUGUCUGCCAUGUCCUCCUGGCCUGUGGGGGGCACCACUGGCCGGCACGGGGCUUGGCUAUGCCUGGGCACACAAGCAGGAGUGUGUGGAUAUCGAUGAGUGUGUGGAUCUGCCGGACGCCUGCAUGCCAAACUCCGUGUGCAUCAACACAGUGGGCUCGUUCAGGUGUGGAGGGUGCAAAUCCGGUUUCCUUGGCAACCAGACGACGGGUUGCUUCACCCGCAACUCCUGCGCCGCCUUGACCUUUAACCCCUGCGACAGACACGCCCACUGCGCCAUCGAGAGGAACGGGGAUGUUACCUGCAAGUGUAACGUGGGCUGGGCAGGUAACGGCAACACGUGCGGCGUGGACACGGACAUUGACGGUUUCCCCGACCGUUCGCUGCCCUGCUUGGACAACAACAAGCACUGCAAACAGGACAACUGCAUGUCCACCCCCAACUCGGGUCAAGAAGACGCCGACAACGACGGCAUCGGCGAUCAGUGCGACCAGGAUGCGGACGGAGACGGCAUCAAAAACGUGGAGGACAACUGUCGUCUGGUCCCCAACAAGGACCAGCAGAAUUCCGACAGCGACUCUUUUGGGGACGCGUGUGACAACUGUCCUAACGUGGCCAACAGCGAGCAGACGGACACUGACGGGAACGCGCGAGGGGACGCGUGCGACCUCGACAUCGACGGAGAUGGUAUUCCAAACGUCCUGGACAACUGUCCAAAGAUUCCCAAUCCCAUGCAGACAGACCGAGAUCGUGACGGUGUUGGAGACGCGUGUGACACCUGUCCUGAACUCAGCAACCCGACACAAACCGACCUGGAUGACGACCUGGUGGGAGACAUAUGUGAUACGAACCAGGACACGGAUGGAGACGGUCACCAGGACAACAGAGACAAUUGUCCUGACAUUCCAAACAGUUCCCAGUUGGAUUCAGACAACGACGGCCUCGGCGACGACUGUGACCACGACGACGACAACGACGACGUUCCUGAUGACCGCGACAACUGUCGUCUCAUUGUCAACCCCAACCAGAAAGAUUCUAAUCUAAACGGGGUGGGGGACGUGUGCGAGGACGACUUCGACAACGACAGCGUCUUGGAUGCGGUUGACGCGUGUCCCGAGAGCGCCGAGGUGACAUUGACUGACUUCCGGGCUUACCAAACGGUCGUCUUGGACCCAGAGAGUGACACCCAGAUCGACCCCAACUGGGUGGUUCUAAACCAGGGAAUGGAGAUUGUCCAGACCACAAACAGUGACCCGGGUCUCGCCAUCGGCUACACGGCGUUCAACGGCGUGGACUUUGAGGGGACGUUCCACGUCAACACGGUGACAGACGACGACUACGCCGGCUUCGUCUUUGCCUACCAGGACUCGUCCAGUUUCUACGCCGUCAUGUGGAAGCAGACACAGCAGGAAUACUGGCAGGCCACGCCCUUCCACGCCCUUGCCACAGCCGCCUUGCACCUGAAGGUGGUGAAGUCUCGUACCGGACCCGGUCCGUUCUUAAGGAAUGCGCUGUGGCACACGGGGGACACAACUGGCGAGGCCACGCUUCUCUGGAAAGAUCCGAGGAACGUCGGCUGGAAGGACAAGGCGUCAUACCGCUGGCAGCUCAGCCACCGCCCCCAGGUGGGCUACAUCAGGCUUCGUCUCUUUGAGGGCGGCAACAUGGUGGCCGACUCGGGCGUGGUGAUUGACAGCGCCAUGAGAGGCGGGAGACUCGGGGUCUUGUGCUUUUCCCAGGAAAACAUCAUCUGGUCCAACCUGCGCUACAGGUGCAACGACACACUUCCGGAAGACUUCUACCAGCAUCGAACGCAAGUCGUGAUGCACGUGCACGUGUGACGUCGGCGAGCGGCGCCAACAUUAGCGGGUCAACUGAACUGGUCAACUUCAAGAAAAACUCGCCGGCAGGAAAACCGUGGAAUGUUCUUCCAGGAAUAAAAACUUUUUUUUCUGUA